AUGGAUGACACUCACAUCAACCAAGCUGCGGCCCACGAGAAUGUCCAGUCUAUGACUGGCCUAGAUGGCGCAGCUGAUGCAGCUCGCGGAGCCUCUGGAGCGCAAUCGCGCCAGAAUUCGCCCGUGAAGAAGAUUGAGAAUACACCUGGGUCCGACAAUCCGAUGUACGCCCCAGCAUCUCCCAAACCUCGCCACGGCGGGGUUGAACCGGAAGACGAAGAGAUGGGUGGUACUGAGACCGAUGCCAAGCCCGACACCGAAGGCUUGGAGGAUGCUGCGGGCGAGUCGCAUACGCAAGGAGAGGGAACAGAUGGGCUUGAAGAUGCUGUGGGUGAAGAACAACCCGCACCAUCCAAGUCGUCUCUGGAAGCCGCCGCGCGCGAACAACUCGUCACGCAAACACACGCCAUCAUUCUCCCCAGCUAUGCGACCUGGUUUGAUAUGAACACCAUUAACCCAAUCGAGAAGAAAGCUCUCGCCGAAUUCUUUAAUGGCCGCAACCGCAGUAAGACGCCUGCUACAUACAAAGAUUACCGGGACUUCAUGAUCAAUACCUAUCGAUUGAACCCCAUCGAGUAUUUGACUGUUACUGCUUGCCGUCGCAACCUUGCCGGUGACGUCUGUGCUAUUAUGCGUGUUCACUCAUUCCUUGAGCAGUGGGGCUUGAUCAACUACCAGGUUGACCCUCAGACACGUCCGUCCAAUAUUGGCCCGCCAUUCACCGGUCACUUCCGAGUUGUCGCAGAUACUCCACGGGGUCUGCAGCCAUUCCAGCCUGGGCCAAACCACAGCGUCACGUCCGGCAAGUUUCAUCCAGGCACACAGCGUGCUGUCUCUUCCAUCCCUGCAUCCAAAGACGACCUCAACCUCGAACUCCGCCGCACCAUUUACGAUGAAAAAGGCAAGGAUAUCACCUCCGCCAAAGAUAAAGAGAAACAGAUCAACGGCGAAGCAACAAACGGCUUGGACAUUGCUCGGGAAUCCAAGAAGAAGGCACACUGCUUCUCUUGUGGUAUUGAUUGCACUAAACUUCGAUUCCACUACGCUAAAUCGGCUUCGACAUCAGCCAAUGCCGCUACGCCAGACACCAAGUAUGAUCUGUGUCCCAACUGUUUCCUUCAAGCGCGAAUGCCUUCUAGCCACAAUGCCUCGGACUUCGUUAAGCUCGAGGACAAGACCUACUCUCACUUCACUGACAAAAACACUCCAUGGUCAGACUCAGAAGUGAUUUUGUUGCUGGAAGGCCUGGAAAACUUCGAUGAAAACUGGGAACAGAUUGCGAGCCACGUUGGCACACGAUCUCGGGAAGAGUGUGUCAUGAAGUUCCUACAGCUAGAGAUCGAGGACAAAUACGUUGAAGAUGUCCCAGAGCCGCAGUUGGGCAGCGGACGCGACCCCAUCAGCCAGUCAGAAAACCCUGUUCUUUCUGUUGUGGCUUUCCUGGCCCAGAUGGUGGAGCCCGCAGUAGCUGCCGCUGCCGCCGGUCGGUCCGUCGACGAGAUCCGCAAGGAGCUCCGGAGCCAGCUGGAGAAGGGGCAUGACAAAGGCAAAGAUGCAGUCAAGUCCGAAGAUUCUAUGGACGUAGAUCCCGCACGUGAGGCCGAGCAGCAAUCCGCGAAGCCUAAGGAGACUCUCGGCACCAUCGCCCUGGCCGCAUCUGCCGCGCGUGCCGGAGCUCUUGCCUCGCACGAGGAGCGUGAAAUGACCCGCCUAGUCUCUGCUGCAGUCAACGUCACCUUGCAGAAGUUUGAGAUCAAGCUGCAGCAAUUCAAUGAGAUGGAAGAGAUUAUCGAGGCUGAGCGUCGUGAGUUGGAGCAGGCGCGUCAGCAACUCUUCUUGGACCGGAUGACAUUCAAGAAGCGUGUUAAGGAGGCCCAGGAUGCGCUCCAGACUGUCAGCCUGCAGGGCCCCAACGAACACACGCAUCAGAUGCUAGCCGAUGCUGCUACUACAGGUAUUGGACACCACUACAGCUUCCAGCCUGUUGGCGGAGAUAUGCGGGCUGGAACCCAGCCUCUAAGCGCCCAAGGUGGUGCUGACUACAAGACCCUUGACCUGUAG